GGGUCUUGUACUUCAAAAUUUUACAUGGCUUCCCGUCAAAAAUUUUAAGACUUGCCUCGUGUAAUCAUGACAGAAAAAUACAGUUUUAGUUUAACUACGUUCAGUCCAUCCGGUAAACUAGUGCAGAUAGAAUAUGCUUUGCAAGCAGUGGCGAGUGGAGCUCCGUCUGUUGGAAUUAAAGCAAAGAAUGGAAUUGUCAUUGCUGUAGAGAAGAAGCAAAAGUCACCACUGUAUGAGAAUCAUUCAAUCAACAAGGUCGAGCCAAUUAAUUCUAAGAUUGGAAUGGUGUACAGUGGAAUGGGGCCAGACUUUAGAUUACUGGUACGUAAAGCAAGGAAGAUUGCAGUAAAAUACGAGUAUACUUAUCAUGAGUCAAUACCAGUCUCACAGCUGGUCCAAAAGGUGGCAGCUGUAAUGCAAGAAUACACUCAAUCAGGGGGAGUAAGACCAUUUGGUGUCUCAUUACUAAUUGCUGGCUUUGAUGAGGAUAAACCUUACCUUUAUCAAUGUGAUCCAUCCGGGGCGUAUUUUGCAUGGAAGGCGACUGCAAUGGGAAAGAACUACAUCAAUGGAAAGACAUUUCUUGAGAAAAGAUACAAUGAUGACCUUGAGAUUGAUGAUGCAGUCCAUACAGCCAUACUCACACUAAAGGAGAGCUUUGAUGGACAAAUGACUGAAGAAAACAUAGAGAUAGGAGUUGCCAGCUCUGACGGUUUUAGUCUCCUAGAACCAGCUGUAGUGAAGGACUAUCUUGCCGCCAUUCAAUAAUAUAAUAAUAACGUGUGCAACUAUUAUUGUAUUUGUGCGACACUUUUAAUAAAAAAUGAUUACAAAACCUUGAAA